UCGCACGAUUAUGUCUAACGCCACGCCGGUCCCUGCUGCCCUUGCCUAGAGGACGUGAGGACAGUUUUCCCAAUUUUCGUAAGAAACUAAAGGAAGCAAAGUCCAAUCCACAGCCAUGUCGAGGGCCGUGGCCAACCUGACGGCGUCCAUGAUCAAGAACGGCAAGCCCAAGCUUGAGACCUUCAUGAAGUACGCCCGCGUCGAGAUGGUGCCACCAUCGCCACGCGAAUUUCCCGAGGUGUUCCGGGGCUUUGGCCAGCUCAUUAGCUCAGCAAAGUCCGGCGCGUGGAAAAACUUUACCGUCAAGGAGGCCACGGUCAACACGCUGGUCGGAAUGGAAGUCAUCUUCUGGUUCUAUGUCGGCGAGUGCAUCGGCAAGGGAAGCAUAGUCGGAUACCACGUUUAGAGACCCGCUCGUGGUUUCGUCACCUUGCUGUUGGACAUUACGCUAGGUGUUCAAUUCACUGUGAAUUCAGAAUAAACAUGCAAGUGAACUAGGCAAA